CUACAAGGGGUAACCGCGAUUUUAUGCCGUGCACUUUCGUUUCUAAUGACGAUAAUGUAAAAUCUACCACAAGAUGCGUGAACUUAUUCGUCGGUGGUGUCGUCGGCAGAAAAAAAUAAAGACAAGCGGGUACCUUGGGAACCACAACCAAAUGCCGUUGGGUCAACAAGUUAUCAGUCUCAGAUCGUUGCGUCACCUCAACGGCAUAUCAGGUCGCGCACCCCAACGCGAUGAAAAUAAUAUUUUCGAGAGUAGAACUCUGAGUAAGCCUAUAUGCUUUUAUAAGGAACGAAACAGAUCCCAACUAUGGCGGGAGACGCAGACAAACCGCGCAAGACAAAUCGCUCCAAGUGGAACAUUUUAAUCGUAUGCCACAUCGUAUUCUCCAUCGUACUAGCCGCACUUGUGAUACAUAACUAUGUCAAGAACGAAUCCAGAUUCAAGGAGCUCGGGGAAAAGCUCGAGCGGUGCGAAACUAUCAGGGAUUUAGCCUCAGAAAUGACGGUGUCUGUCUCAACGUCAACGCCAAGGGUAGUCCAGGAUCUCAGCGCGAUGUUAAGAAGAAGUCCCCAAGAGAACGAAACGAGUGAGAUUAGCAGAACUACCAUCAAAACAAAAAUCAAAGCGGGCUUUAUUGAGGCUCAGGAGGAAAACACAACAGAGGUCGGACACGAGGGCUUUCUUCCUGAAACUGGUCCUGGAAUUCAGGCAAAUCACAUGCAAAAUAACAUUACUGCAGUGAACGAGAGUUCUCCUGAGAAACAUUUCAAAGGAUCAGAUGGAAAUUUGUCACGAGGUUGGUACAAAGGAAGUGAGGUUGAUCCAAGGUCCUGUUUAGAGCUGCUCAAGUCGAUCCUGGUGAACGAGAGCCAAAAAAUCUGCACAGAUUUACGAGGGCCGCGAGGUCCACCGGGAAGUCGCGGGCCGCGAGGGUUCACGGGGACACCAGGAGAGCAAGGCAAACCCGGUGGCUCACAUGCAGUUGGUGGCCAGCAAGGCGAAGGAUGUUCUGGGACCAUGCUUGCCCCUCCACUUUUCCUAGAAACUCAACCCACGUACAUAUCACGUGAGGGCAUCUCCAUAAAAAUGACGUGCAAUACCACAGCUAAUCCGUCAGCUAAUAUAAUGUGGUUUCGAAAUGACGUCAUACUGACUGGCAGGCGAUAUCAAAUUUCACAGAGUGUCAUGGAGUCUCAAAUCCCCCGCAGGAUUCAGAUGCUAUGCCCAAGCAAGGUCCCUCAUCCUAUCACGCAAAGCACUCUGGUUAUAAAGGAGACACGUGGAUCGGAUACAGGGACAUACACCUGUAGGGCACGUAAUAUGAUGGGAGCUCGGGACUACCAUGUGGAUCUGAUAGUGCAGGUCCCGGUAGCGAUUGUAGUUCGACCCGAAAACCAAACGGAGUUAGAGGGAAAUGAAGUCUCAUUAAACUGCAAUGCAUCCGGGAUACCAGCCCCAAGCAUCACGUGGUAUAGACAAGAUGGUGGCUACAUGCCUGUCAAUCAUCGCGUUGUCAAUGGAGACCUUAUUAUCUCUAACAUCACAAAGUCUCUGGAAGGGACUUAUGUGUGCGAAGCAAAAAACGUCUUAGGAGCAAGGACCAAAGAGGCGACCGUGUUGGUUAACAUUGCACCUCGUCUGACCUCACUACAUAAAACCCCGCUGACCAUCGUUGAGAAUAGCACCGCCGUCGUGCCCUGUACCAGCACAGGGUUCCCAACUCCGGAAAUAUCUUGGUCAAAGAUUGGUAACUCAAUGGAUGUUUCUCGUAUGUCUUACGACUCCCAAGCGUUGAUUAUAAAGGAUGUUCGGUACUCCGACAGGGGGACUUAUGUCUGCUCUGCUACAAACGAAGAGGGACGAGUUAAUGGAACCGUAACCGUCAUAGUACAAGUUGCGCCACGAGUUCACCAACAGCCAAAAGCCAUAGAAUUCGGCUAUCGCCCUGCAUCCAAAGAGCUUCAGCUUCGUGUGUUUGGCUUUCCUCCUCCUAACAUCACGUGGUCAGGCCCUGCGUUACGUCACUCAAAGUCACGAGUAAACCAAUCAGAUGGCUCAUUGAUGAUCAUGCGUACUGAGUUCAGAGAUUCCGGCGAAUAUCAGGCUAUAGUAAAAAAUGUUGUUGGGCAGGCUGUGAUACGGACAUUCUUGGUGGUCAAUCAAGGGGUUGCACCUCUCUUGAUGUCAUUUCCGACUACCCCGCUGACCAUCGUUGAGAAUAGCACCGCCGUCGUGCCUUGUAUCAGCACAGGGUUCCCAGCCCCAGUAAUCAAUUGGACAAAGAUUGAAAACUCUAUGGAUCCUUCUCGUAUGUCGUACGACUCCAGAGCGUUAACCAUCAAGGACGUUCGGCUAUCGGACGUCGGAACUUAUGUCUGUUCUGCCACAAACGUAGCGGGACAAGUCAAUGGUAACGUUACCGUCAUAGUGAAAGGUGUUCAAAUUAAGCUGUCCCACGGAUCGUAUGGUCGUGUUGAGGUGUUCCACAAUGGUCAGUGGGGAACGGUGUGUGACGACAAUUGGACCAUCAAAGAAGGGCGUGUCGUAUGUAGAUGGCUUGGGUAUCGGUCCGUAGUCUCUGUUCAUACAGGAGCUCAUCAUGGGCAAGGAAGUGGGCCGAUAUGGCUUGAUGAUGUUCAUUGCUCUGGCAAUGAGGCUACCCUGUUCUCCUGCAGAUUUAGCAACAAGCAUAAUUGUAGUCACGGCGAGGAUGCGUCAGUUCAGUGUAAUUAGAUAAGGGCGCGGAGCCUGGUACGGACCAAACACCAUCAUUACUGAUACUGUUAUCAUAACUUUAUGACCACCAUAAUUUUAAACACUAUCAUAACCAUCACCAUCACUACAUUCGUCACCACAAUUAUCGUCGCCGUCAUCACUAUCGCAGUUAUCAACAUCACCCCCAUCGUAGCAAGCGUUUCGCGAAGAAUGGGGCGAGCGCAAAAAAAGAGAAGGGAGAGGGAGAGGGGGAAGAAGGAAACGCUUGCAAGCACUCAUUGUCUUUUUGACAGCGAAGAGUCUGCGAUCAUUUUCUGAUCGCGGAAUUCGAGGCUUCCUAUUAGCGAGGCGCGGCUAACGCUGAGUGACAUUUCGCAGAUUCACACUCACAAUUUCUCAAAAUAGCAUCGCACAAGGAUCCACUGAAAGAGUGUUUAACUGGAACAGGGAUGCGUUAUACAAACAGCUAUUGUGUAGAGGAAAUUCGUUAUCAGUUUUGUCUCUUGGUCUUAGCUAGAAUAUAUUCCAACUUGAGGAGAAUUCAAAGAAAGACAACAUAUGCUCGCUUGUUAACCGUUCGCACCGUCAAGGUGGAAUCGUGACGUUUGAGUUGGUUUGGAACUUUUUUGCAGCUUGCAGUUUGGCUCUUUCCUUGUCUAUGUAAAUUUACGGUAGGUUUCCGAGCCGUGUGCAUGAAAAAUGUGAUGUUGAGAUUGCUUUAAGCUCUGCAUGUGUGUGUUCGCAUCGAAAUUAGCUUUUAUAUACAAAACAUGACAACCCAACUUGCGCUCAAUGUGAUGUCGAAAGUCGCAUUUGCAAACUUUGGAAUUCUUAGUUUGAUUGAAACUCAUUGAAACUCCACAGAAACGCUUGCUACGCAGGCUACCCCCAUCAUCGCCUAAUCAUCACCACCCCCAUCACCAAAAUUACUAUCACUCAGCUACCAAUAUCACCAUCCAAGGGGGGGGGGGGGGGUUGGGCACUGAAGGCACAUGUCCCCUCAAAUAUUUUAAAAAUGUAUAAGGAAAUGACCAGUAAGGUAGUGGGUCUGUCCCCUGUAUAUAUAUCUUAAUGCACCCCUAAUAUUUCGAGGCCUGCUUCGGCACUUCUUUCAUCACCACCAUUAUCACCAAUAGUAAUGAUUGCCGCCACCAUUAUCACCAAUAGUGAUGAUUGCCGCCACCAUUAUCACCAAUAGUAAUGAUUGCCGCCACCAUUAUAAUCACUACUACCACCACCAUCAUCAUUAAUACCAUAAUUAGAGCCAUCACAAAAAAAUUAACCAUCAUGAUCAUCAUCAUUAUCAUCAUCAUCAUCAUCAUCAGCGCUAUCACCACAACCAUCACCAACACUAUCAUUACCAUGGCAUAAUCAUCAGCAUCAGCAUCAUUAGCGUCUCUCAGAGAAAUUCUUCUUGAGAGGAUAUGUUGGAAUCAACCUAAUUCUAUUUCAAUGUAUUUAUACCAAGGUACGAUAAGUAGAAAAAAGGUCACUACGUAUUCAAACUUAUAGCAACUUUAAUACUUUAAAAUAAAAUUUAGAUUUUUAAA